UGUAAUUCGUCUCCAAAUUCAAAAGAGAAAUAAAUAUAUGUGUAACUCCAUGUGGUUGAUUGCAGCCGCCCUACUUGUGUAUGUCGGAGCGACGGUGAAUGCUUGUCCACCGUCAGAUAGGGCGGCAUUGCUAGCAUUCAAAGCUAACUUACACGAGCCUUACUUGGGCAUCUUCAAAUCAUGGACGGGCAACGAUUGCUGCAACAAAUGGUACGGUAUAACAUGUGACCCAACUACUAAACGGGUCGCAGAUAUAAAUCUUCGUGGAGAGUCAGAAGAUCCGCUUUUCCAGAAAGUUGGUAGAACCGGGCACAUGACCGGUUCAAUCUCUCCGGCUAUCUGCAAGCUUAAAAGACUAUCAAGUAUAAUUAUAGCCGACUGGAAGGGCAUUUCCGGUAUUAUACCUCCUUGUGUCUCAACUUUACCUUUUCUCCGCAUUCUCGACCUCAUCGGCAACCAAAUCACCGGCGAAAUCCCUUACGAUAUCGGCAAACUCACACGGCUAACCGUGCUCAACGUCGCGGAUAACAAAAUCACCGGUAGGAUACCUAGAUCAUUACCAAAUCUAUCCUCAUUGAAACAUCUAGAUCUCCGCAACAACAUGAUCUCCGGAACGAUUCCUAGAAACUUCGGGAAGCUUCGAAUGCUCAGCCGUUCAUUACUAAGCGGCAACCGAAUUUACGGACCGAUUCCUGAAACUAUCACCUAUAUCUAUCGUUUAGCCGAACUAGAUCUAUCGCUAAACCGUUUUUCAGGACUGAUUCCUGAAUCACUUGGAAAAAUGGCGGUUUUAGGUACUUUAAAUCUCGACGGAAACCUAUUUUCAGGCCAAAUCCCGGCGACUUUAUUGACUUCUCGAAUUAGUAUAUUGAAUUUAAGUAGAAAUGCAAUAGAAGGAAACAUACCUGAUGUUUUCGGUGCGAGAUCGUACUUCAUGAUGAUCGAUUUAUCGUAUAACAAGCUGAAAGGAAGCAUUCCCAAAUCGAUAUCUUCGGCUUCUUAUAUCGGUCAUCUUGAUCUGAGCCAUAACCAUCUGUGUGGUAAAAUACCUGCAGUGAACUGGUUUGAACACCUUGAAGCGUCGUCGUUUAGUUUUAAUGAUUGUUUGUGUGGAAAGCCUCUUAAAGCCUGCUGAUUGAUCUCAUAAGAUGAUUAAUUAUUAAGUUUUAUCUUUUUUAGUUAACGCUAUAUAUGUGUGUGUGUGUAUUAGUGUGUAAUUAAGUUUUUUGAUAUUUAUGUGUGUUAAUUGUUCUUGA